AUGCUGCCACUCGGCCUCCUGACGGCGGCACAGGGCCACCCUAUGCUUGUUGAACUCAAGAACGGCGAGACGCUCAACGGUCACUUGGUCAAUUGCGACAACUGGAUGAACCUGACGCUGAAAGAAGUCGUGCAAACAAGCCCUGAAGGCGACCGCUUUUACAGAUUACCCGAAGUCUAUGUCAGAGGAAAUAACAUCAAAUACCUUCGAGUUCCCGAGGAGAUCAUCGAUAUUGUCAAAGAGCAACAACAGCAAAACCAAGGCUCGCACCGGGGCGGCCGUGGUGGACGAGGCGAUGGCAGAGACCGAGGCAGAGGCGGCCGCGGUGGCCGGGGUCGUGGACGUGGCCGUGACCUGAACUUGAUACUUCCGAAAACAAUGCGGCGACCACCUUUGACAAUUGAUGGGCUCUGGUAUUGUCUUUGUCCCUCUUUUCAACCGUCGUCUCUUCACCGUGUCGUUGCUCCCCUUCGAGGUCAACAAAAAGUUGCGCGAAGAUGCCUGACCUCCGAGUCAGCUAGCCCUGGAGAGACCUUCAGGCGACUUGAGCUUACACAUACCACAACAAACCAAACGACAAAUGAGAAUAGUAAUACGACUACCAACUUACCUGGUAAAAGCGAUGGACGUGAUAGAUGGUCUGCUCCAAGAUCCAAUAGACAUCGUUGGCAAACGCCGGAACCAACACUGGAAGAACGCCUAGAAGAGCAAUCAUCACAACGCCUGACCGAGAUACCCAGAAUUGCCUCUAUCUUGCAAGAAAUUUUUCGCAGUCGCCAUGUCUCUCCCAACAGUCAACAUUAUAAAGCUCUCAUCCUAGCAAACAUUGAUAGGAAACGCGGGUCCUCCAAACACGUUCGAGAAUUGCUCAGCGAAAUGGAGGCUAAAGAAAUCACGGCAGACUCAGCAACAUUGCAUGCGGCAUUAGAAACACUCGCAGUUCAUCCCGAUUACCUACUCCGUCAAGAGAUCAUCGCUGCUCUUCGAACUCGAUGGCUGUCACUCAGCCCUGCUGGCUGGCACCACCUGACCACCGGGCUAAUUCGGGACGGCCAGCUCGAAUUGGCCCUGAAUCGGAUUGACCUUAUGGAAAUCCAGGGAAUUCGCCUUGAGCAAUGGCUACACAGUCUUCUCAUUUAUAAUCUAUGUGCGGUGGGAGAAUACGAUGAAGUUAUACGUCUCAUGCAAAGACGCGGGAUGAAACUCAAUAAUAUAUCGAAGAAACUAUGGGUAUAUCUCUUGGAUGAAGCAAUACGAGCUUCUCACCUCAAAUUGGCGAGUUACAUAUGGAAGAACACGGUGGAUAUGAGUUAUGCCGAUUUGAAUGCUCCGCGCUGCUCCCGAAUUCUUGAUCUCGCUUCUCACCAUGGCGAUAUUCAACUCGCCGAGUCUGCUUUCCGCCAAAUAAUCGUGUUGGAACAACCACUUCUUCAAGAAGACUACGAACAGCUUGCCCACGGGUACGCCAAAGCUGGUGACUUCAAACUCGCCUUUGAGAUCCUGUGUAGGAUGCAAGGAGAGGGGUUUCCUAUACGACCCGAGUCCAUACGUGCAGUGCUUUUAUCUUUACAAGAAACCAUAUCACAUCCAGCCCAGGUUUGGAAAUCGAUGGUUGAUUUGAAGCAGCAAAACCUGGAUAUUCCAGUUGGCUUGGCAAAUAUAGCGAUCGAGUACUGUGACGCUGCCUUGGCAAGUGACUCAUUCUUUAAAUCUGAGGCCAUGGAGGUAGCUCUGGAUAUUUAUAAAGACAUAUUCGACAUGUGCCCCGGCGGUGCGGAUACGCAUACAUUCAACCUUUUAUUUGCCAUUUGUCGCCGCCAAAAUCGGCCGGAUGCAUUCACAUUUCUUGCUAGAGAGAUGGCUGCUCUCGAAGUUGAACCUGACCAAACAACACUCGAGCAUUUUAUUCUCGUAUGUCUUGAAGUGAAAAACUACCACUCAGCGUAUAUGUAUGCCAUGGAUCUUACCAAUCGAGGCUGGGUCCCGAGCGUGAAAGCGUCGAUACUGCGCCAGAUUGUUGCUGGGCCGCGAUUGCAGCACCCCGAGACUGGUCUAGACUUGUGCUACGCGACUGACUUUCUCAUCGUCACAUCCGGCCCGUCGUCUACAUAUCCCAGGCGCGCAUAUCGAAACCCAACCGACGCUCUGGUGCGCUUUCUUGACAAAAAACAUGGCGAGAACUGGGCAAUAUGGGAAUUCAGGGCCGAAGGAACCGGCUAUCCAGACUCUGAAGUCCACGGACGCAUCCAUCACUUUCCAUUUCCAGACCAUCAUCCGCCUCCAUUCGCUCUCAUCCCGGCCAUGAUGGCGAGUAUGCGCAAUUGGCUGAAAGAGGGCACGUCCGAUGUGAACAAACAGCAUCAACAUCAUGGCUCUACCCUUUCGACAUCCUCUUCGAAAGAGAAAAGGAAAGUGGCUGUUGUUCACUGCAAAGCCGGCAAGGGUAGAAGCGGGACAGUGUCAUGCAGUUAUCUGAUCAGCCAGGAAGGCUGGACGAUGGAAGAUGCGUUGAAACGGUUUACGGAACGCAGGAUGAGGUCAGGAUUUGGCGAGGGAGUCAGUAUACCAAGUCAACUGCGAUGGAUCCGAUAUGUCAACACAUGGACGAAUAGCAUGAACAAAACCUACGUGGAGCGUCCGGUGGAGAUCUUGGAGGUCCAUGUCUGGGGUCUUCGGGACGGUGUCAAAAUAGCCGUCGAGGGCUACGUGGAUGAGGGGAGGAAAAUCAAGUGCUUCCACCUUUUCAAACGACGGGAACGCAUCAUUGUCCACGAGGGGAAUAACAAGAGCGACAGCAAUUCCCGAGUAGGUUCUGACAAGGAAACACUUCGAAAGAAAGUCACUUCUGCAUCGUCAUUAUCCUCUUCGUCCAUAUAUCAGCCUGCACUGGCAACGGAGACCGUGACAUCUCCAGAAUCCUCCGGGGAUCUGAGAGAAGACACCGCGCAGUUAUCAGCUGCGAUAUUACGCCCAGACAAACCUGUGAUAUUGCCCACAUCCGACGUCAAUAUCGAUUUUGAGCGACGCACAAAGGCUGCGUAUACCGGCUGGGCCAUGGUGACGUCGAUUGCACACGUUUGGUUCAACGCCUUCUUUGAGGGCGGCGACGAGCAUGAUUCUGGUAUUUUCGAGUGCGAGUGGGAUAAACUCGAUGGAAUCAAGGGCACGUCAAGGAAAGGAGCCAGAGCACUGGAGCGUGUCAAGGUGGUUUGGCGCUAUCCCUCCAAAGCCCAACUCGAAGGCGAAAGCCCAGUCGAGCAGCCUGAGCCGCAAGACAUCCAUGAAAUACCGGGUCAGGUCAUGACACUACCAAAACCAGGGGAACCCGUACACGAAUCACAUGCCGCUGACUGGCGAGGCGAUAAUGUCGUUCGAGAGUCUCGUGACGAGCAGGAAUACAUUGAAAAUUACAGUGUUGACAACCCAACUACCUCACCUUUGUCGAGCGGUGACAUUACGAGACAAGACGAUUCUACACGACAGAUAAUCGGACAUCAAAACAUCGUUUCCGAUGAAUCCACAGGGACCAAAGGUAGCCGUCACACAUUAGCUACCGAGGCCUCGGUGGCCGCUGCAUCAGCAAUUACCUCUGCAGUUAACAAAGUCUCCCAUCUGGGUAGAGAACUAGGACUACGGCGGCAAACCGAUACUAGCAAAGAUGUCAGUUUGGCGAGCAGUGUCGAGGAUUUGAGUCAGAGUCAAAAGGCUACAAACCAAGAGGCAGAAAGCUCACCCCUACAAAAGCAGGACCUCAAGGAAGGUGAGGAUAGUGAUAGUGAAAUGGAGGGAGUCAAGCCAUUUUAUGAGAACGGAAAUGUAAAUAGAAAAGGAAAAUCGGACAGCUAA